UAAACUAUUCCGAUCUUGUCCAGCUGCUAAAUCAAUCCAAUAGUGUGAAGACGCAAACGAUUCCUCUAAUUCCACGUUCUCUCGAGCCCCACUGAAUAUUUAAAGUCAGAUUCAAUUAUUAUCUUUUUCUUCUUCUUGUUCCUUCUUCUUCAGCCAGGAGAUUCGGAGGGAAAAAAAAAUACCUUCAUCCAUGGCGUCUCUCAGCUUUACCCAGAUCAAAACCAAGAACCCAGUUGCUGAAUUCGCAAAAGCUCAUCCAAAAACUGGUUUGCUUCGAUCAAGAAGAGUCGGGUUCAGGGUUUUGGCCUCUGAGACCCAGAAAGAGCCUGAUCUAAGUGUCACUGUCAAUGGAUUGCAUAUGCCCAACCCAUUUGUGAUCGGGUCGGGCCCACCCGGGACUAACUACACCGUCAUGAAGAGGGCCUUUGAUGAGGGUUGGGGUGCUGUGAUUGCCAAAACUGUGUCACUUGAUGCAUCAAAAGUUAUUAAUGUCACUCCUCGAUAUGCUCGGUUACGAGUGGGUGUUAAUGGCUCCCCCAAAGGACAAAUUAUUGGGUGGGAGAACAUAGAAUUAAUUAGUGAUAGGCCUCUUGAAACCAUGCUAAAGGAAUUCAAGCAACUUAAGGAAGAAUAUCCAGAUAGAAUUCUGAUUGCUUCAAUUAUGGAGGAAUACAAUAAAGCUGCCUGGGAAGAGCUUAUUGAUCGAGUAGAGCAAACUGGAGUUGAUGCAUUCGAAAUCAAUUUUUCUUGCCCUCAUGGUAUGCCAGAGCGCAAGAUGGGUGCCGCUGUUGGUCAAGAUUGUGCACUUUUGGAAGAGGUUUGUGGGUGGAUUAAUGCGAAAGCUACAAUUCCUGUUUGGGCAAAGAUGACUCCUAACAUCACAGAUAUCACCCAGCCAGCUAGGGUGGCUCUAAGCUCAGGAUGCGAAGGUGUAGCUGCAAUUAACACAAUCAUGAGUGUAAUGGGAAUUAAUCUGAACAAUUUACGUCCUGAGCCUUGUGUGGAGGGGUACUCAACUCCUGGUGGCUAUUCUUCCAAGGCAGUCCAUCCUAUUGCGCUUGCAAAAGUGAUGAACAUUGCGAAGAUGAUGAAGUCAGAAUUUAAUGACAAGGACUACUCGCUCUCAGGCAUUGGUGGUGUUGAGACAGGUAGUGAUGCGGCUGAGUUUAUUCUUCUUGGAGCAAAUACUGUUCAGGUCUGUACUGGGGUUAUGAUGCACGGCUAUGGCCUCGUGAAGAAAAUAUGUGAAGAGCUGAAAGAUUUUAUGAGAUCGCACAAUUUCUCAUCAAUCGAGGAUUUUAGAGGGGCUUCCCUUGAAUAUUUUACCACUCACACUGAUUUGGUAAGAAGGCAGCAAGAAGCAGUCAAGCAGAGGAAAGCCGUUCGGAAAGGUUUGCAGUCUGACAAAGAUUGGACUGGAGAUGGCUUUGUUAAAGAGACUGAAAGCAUGGUCUCUAACUGACUUACAGAACCAUUUGUGAGCCUUGCUGUGAAAAGGGUCUGUUCAUCCGUUGUUUAGUUAAGAAUGUAAGCUCUGUUCCUUUUUAAGUUUGAGUUUGGAAAAGGAAGCUCAUUUUGUGAAUAUUUCAGUUAAUAAUCUCAUUUCUCGUUCAGA